AUGGCAGAUCUUGGUUUGGACCUUGGAAAAAAGAAGAAAGCAAAGAAAGAGAUUAAAAUCGAAGAUGACGUAAAACCUGAAGAAUCUCAAGAUGCACCAAUUGAAGAAUCACUUGGUGAAUUGAAUUUGGGUGGAAAAAAGAAGAAAAAGGCGCCAAAAACUGGAGGAGUCGAGGAAAUUGUUGAGGAAAAAGCAAAAGGAUCGAAUUUGGAGAUUGGAAUUGGCGCGCAGAAUUUAAUCGAUGCUUCAACUCCAUGGCCAGAUUACAGCUACGAAGAGGCUCUUUCGUUGGUCUUCCAAAUUAUGCGAGAUAAGAAUCCUGAAUUGACUGGAGAAAAGAAGAAGUUUGCGAUCAAAUUGCCGGAAGUUGGAAGAGCUGGAAGUAAAAAGACGGCGUUUUCGAAUUUCUUAGAGAUUUGUCGACUUAUGAAACGACACGAUAAACAUGUUUUGCAAUUCCUUUUAGCUGAAUUGGGAGCGACGGGUUCGAUUGAUGGAAAUAAUUGUUUGAUUGUUAAAGGACGAUUCCAACAGAAACAUUUUGAAAGUGUACUCAAGAAAUAUAUUAGUACGUGGUGCAAAAUUGGGAGCUUACUAUGACGUGGCAAACGAUUUUUUUUGUUGCAAAAAUAAUCUGAAAUUCCCACGCAAAUUGUAUUCUUUCUUAUGCAAAUCAUGCCGGAUCUGAAAAUUUCGGGGAAAACCUAGGUUUCUGCCGAAAUUUUGAGAUCCUGCGCAGGCAAUUCGAUAUGGAUCUGAAAAUUUCAGCAAAAUCUCUGGAAACCCCGGAAUUUUGCUGAAAUUUUCAGAGGCGCUAUCGUCAAAAAUAUCCCAAAAAGUUCAUUUUCUCAUGCCGGUUCUGAAAAUUUCACUGAAAAUCUGAAAUUUCGAUUUUCACUGAAAUUUUGAGAUCCCGCGCAGGGAAAUCUAUCGCCAAUUUUUGAAUAGGAUUGCCACGUCAUAGUUUAAAAAAAAUGUAUUUUUCCCCCGGUAAAAAUCCCAAUAUUUUUUUUGCAGAAGAAUACGUAAUGUGCCACACAUGCAAAUCCUCCGACACUCAAUUGACAAAAGACACCCGUCUCUUCUUCCUCCAAUGUAACGCGUGCGGUUCGCGUUGUUCCGUCACCGCAAUCAAAUCCGGUUUCUCAGCUGUCGUCGGAAAACGUGCGGCGAUUCGACGAGCCGCCGAAGCAACGGCUGGAAAAUAA